AUCAAACAUUCAGUUCUCAAAAAGAUUUAGUAAAUAAUACUAUAGUUCCAACAGUAAUGAGUACAUUAGAUUUAGAAAUGUUUCCAGUUUCUGAAGCUAUUGUGUAUUAUAUGAUUCAUCGUUAUCAUAAGCAUAAGUGUGAGGAGCAUUUGUUUAAACAGCAACCUAUCACAG